CCCGAAUUUAUCCUUAGUUUGAUUUUCUUGUUGAUCUGUAGAUAUCUUUGAAGGCUUCAUUUUAGCCUUCUUUCUUGCUCUUCCAGAUAGGCUGGUUCCCGUUGCUGGUAUUCCUGUCUCUCCUUGGAGACUUCGUGCUGUCCAUCCGCCGUCUGUACUCCGUACUUCGUCCACCUCGCCGCUUCCCCGGAAGAAAACAAUUCCUGCGGCGAUACCUCGGCUACGACUUUCACCCGCCUUUCAUUCACAUUUGCCCGUUACCCCAUGAGACGCACCCUCAACCUCACCACUCCGACUGUACAUACACAUUAUCUAUGCAAAUGAGGCGACCUCCGGCGAAGCUCUGCUCGGACUGCGUCCCAUGCGCGGUCCGCCGGUCUUAUGGCGCGCGGGUUGCGCCAAUGCCCCGAAGCAUCACGGAGAAUUCUCGCGGUAUGCGACCGAUGGCAUACUCGACUCUGACGAGACUCCCGAAUCGAACCGGUCUGUCAUCGAAUGUACCUACGCAGCAGACUGCGGUGCCUGUGAAUAGUGUUCUCCUGCAGAAGCGGGGUUUGGCUACGACUGCUGAGGGGGCUGCGUCUGCGCCUGCGGCUGCAGAGGCUUUCGAGACGAAACCCUCCGGUGCGCCGCAGGAUGGACCGAUGAGGGAGUAUGAUGUGCGGGUCGAGGAGGGUCGACUGCGGGACGAUCCAUAUCAGCGAGGAAUCAUCCAGAACCUCCAAGACCUCUUCGAAGCGCUAAAGCACUACAAUGCGCCCUCUGUCGUCCACCCCAGUAUCGAGUCGCUCGACCCACAACCCAAAAAGUCCUUCUUCGGCUCGCUGUUCGGUUCAGGUACCACCAAGCCUGCGACUACUACGGCUCCUGAGGGUCUGCCGAAAGGUCUGUACAUGUAUGGUGAUGUGGGUUGUGGCAAGACCAUGUUGAUGGACUUGUUUUUUGAUACGUUGCCGCCGAAUAUCAAGACCAAGACUCGGAUUCAUUUCCAUAAUUUCAUGCAGGAUGUACAUAAGCGUAUGCAUGUGGUUAAGAUGAAGUUUGGGAAUGACUUUGAUGCGUUGCCGCUUGUUGCGGCGGAUAUUGCUGAGACGGCGAGUGUGCUGUGCUUUGAUGAGUUUCAAUGUACGGAUGUUGCGGAUGCGAUGAUUCUGCGAAGACUCCUCCAAUUCCUCCAAUCCCACGGCGUCGUCCUAGUAACAACAUCCAACCGCCACCCAGACGACCUCUACAAAAACGGCAUCCAACGCGAAUCCUUCAUCCCCUGCAUCACACUCCUCAAAACCGCCCUAAACGUUAUCAACCUCAACUCUCCAACCGAUUACCGCAAGAUUCCCCGUCCCCCAGCUGCAGUCUACCACCACCCACUAGGCGAAGACGCGGACCAACACGCCCGCAAGUGGUUCGAUUUCCUGGGCGACCCUAUCAAUGACCCGCCUCACGCUGCUACCCAGGUUGUCUGGGGCCGAAAGAUCCAAGUCCCGCAGGCGAGCGGUAAAGCUGCGCUGUUCACUUUUGACCAGUUAAUUGGGACGGCGACCGGCGCGGCGGAUUACCUUGAACUUGUUCGGCAUUAUGAUGCUUUUAUCGUUACGAAUGUCCCGGGGAUGAAUCUCAAUCAGCGGGAUUUGGCGAGACGGUUUAUUACUUUUAUUGAUGCGGUUUAUGAAAGCAGGGCAAAACUAGUCCUAACAACAGAAGUUCCCCUAACAAACCUCUUCCUCUCCGCCUCCGACGUCCGCUCCUCCCUGCAAGGCAAAGGCGAAGGCGAAGGCGACGACCACUCAGAUCUCUCUGACGCAAUGCGCAAUCUAAUGGAUGACCUGGGCAUGUCCGUGCAAGCGUUGAAGAAUACAUCGAUUUUCAGUGGUGAUGAGGAGCGAUUCGCGUUUGCGAGGGCUUUGUCGCGGUUGUCCGAGAUGGGGAGUCGGGAGUGGGUUGAACGGGGGCUUGGGGUGGGCAAGAGUGUUGUUGAGGGGCAGCAGGAGAGGGAGGCUUGGUUGAAGACUAGGAGUCAUUGGAGUGAGGAUAAUAUGUAG